ACUAGGACAGCUUCCACCAAGCGCCACUUACGGAAAAGGUGCUAUUACGGUUUGCUAGACCCGUGAAGCGGACUUGUCUUCCAGUAUCUGGGGUUAAUCCGUCUCUGUUCGUAACGCCAUCGACGUACAUGCACUGUGAUGUCUGCGACCGACUGGUAUGCGCACAAGUCGCUCGAAAACGGCCUGUUUUGGAUCCAGGAGCGUUUCUACGAAUCUGGGAACAGAGCUAACAUCUGGCUGAUUCGCGGAUCUCACCAGGACGUGCUGAUCGACGCCGGCCUCGGCUUGCGCAGUCUGCCCGAGUACAUCAGCGCGAAAGGCCUGCUGGGAGACGACGCCAAGAGGAGAAAUCCGCUUCUGGCUAUCGGGACGCAUGUGCACUUCGACCACUCGGGCGGCCUGCACCAGUUCCAACAGGUGGGCGUGCACGAGGCUGAGGUCGAUGCCCUGGCCAACGGAGACAACUUCGAGACGGUGACAUGGCUGUCUGACAGGGAGAUCGUGGAGAAUCCGUGCCCGGGCUGGACGGCCAGGCAGUACAGAGUGAAACCCGUGCAGCCCACCCACAUCCUGCAGGAAGGUGAUGUCAUCAACCUUGGGGACCGGCAGUUGACAGUGCUCCACAUGCCAGGCCACUCCAGAGGCAGCAUCUGCCUCCAUGACAAGGACAACAAAAUACUGUUCAGUGGAGACGUGGUCUACGACGGCUCCAUGAUCGACUGGCUGCCCUACAGCGCCGUCGGCGACUAUGUGCGCAGCUGCCAGAGGCUUGUAGAGAUGGUGGACAAGGAAGAGGUGGAGCAGGUCAUGCCCGGCCACUAUAACGCCUUCGGGGCCAAGAGGCUCCACCGGCUGGCCUCCACCUACAUCUCCAGCGCGGGAACGUGUCACAGGUUGACAACCUGUGCAGUGAAGUCUGUAGCCAGCCUGGCACUUCGGGCUUCCAACUCCUGCUGUGCCUGUUACUAAUUAUUCGAACUAUAUGCAACAAUGUACAGCACAAAUCCAGCACUGAGCAAAAAGGAUCGUCCGUAUUCCGAGACGUAAGCAUGGAGGAAGUGUUUGUUGGAUACUCACCUGAUUGGAAUUAAAAAUGAAAAGAUAAUUAUAAGGCAUAGGUAUAGAUAUUGUUCAGUCCAUCACAUUAUUAUUUAAAACUCAGCCAAUUAAGGUCAAGUCCAGAGUUAAGCUGACAUGCAUCUAGGGCAAAAUGGCAUUUGUACGAAAUUUAGAAAUUUCCCAUUCUGCCAGAUCACUAGAGGCGCAACUCUGCACUUAUAAUGCCCCUUGUGUUUAAAGUGUCAGCAGGAUGACGUACUGGUAUUGAGUGUUAAUGGUAACAUUUAUGUUAACCAAGAUUUGUUCCCUGUUAGGUUAAGAUGAAGCAUUAUUUCUUAUUUACAUUAUGAAACUAUGUUCUAAGAGCUCUUUACAGAGUGUAGCAUAGAUUAUCAGCCAUGGUGUUAUAGUUUUGGUAUUACUGAGAUGCAUUUACUUUUCUUCACUGCUCUAUAUUCAAUAACUGACUGCUGUUGUAGCUAGUUAAGACACUACUUUCACCACAAUUUAUGCACACGCUACAGCGUAAAGCCUUGCAUAUCAACAUGACCUAUACACUUUAGUUAUUUUCUUGCACCUCAACAAUGCUACUUAACCAAAAAUACAGAACAGUUGUUCAGCUUGCUUGUUAAUUCUUGAACACGUAAGAAAUAAAAUACACCAGGGUGAGAUAUUGUAGGAAAAUGAUCAGUGAUGGGAUGGUGUGUAGCAGUAUUUUUUAUCCCUGUAACACUACAGCACUUUUCCAAAGAUAACAACUCCUCUAACCUCCCCCCUCCGGUCUCGCCUAUCAUACAACAGCUACCACAUGCUUCCUCUGAUACAUGUGAUGCCAGCCAAGCUCAUCUUUUUGCCUACUGCUCAGUGAAGCGGCUUAACACACUCGGAAGAAAUGCUGUCCGCCCUCUUCCGCAUGCACGAGCUCACAGAUGCCCGCGAUUAGCUAGUGUCGUUGUGAUUGACAGGGGAGAGAGAGUAUGACACCCCUCCCACCCAGAGAGAGCUAAUUUUGUUUCUUGGACUUACAUUGGGAUUGUAGAGAUUCAAACUCACAAUCUCCAGAUGAUAGGGUGAAUGCUUUUCUGUUGUGUCAGUUGAGAGCCAAUGCUAACAACUUUUUGUUUUUUGUUUAUAGUUACAUUUAAUGUUGUGGAACAUCGGUGAGACAAGUUAGUUCCUGUUAUCACUUAUGUCAUAACAGCUAUAACCUGUUGAUCCAUCACCAACCUCUCUUUUUUUCUUCCCGUGUCAGAAAACUUAAAUUUACAGCUUUAAUACUGUCCGUUACAAAGUGCUGACACUGGAGACUCCUUCAGUGUCUCUAGUCAGUUACGUCAGACUAAAGAAUGAUGUAAAGUCUUUCUUAAAUCCAACUGAACAUCUGCUUCACUUCAUAACUGAAAAUGGUUGAAGAAAAAGCCUGGUGUUUGUGUCACAUUUUCAGUGUGAGCCUCAUAUACAUCUUUAAUCCAGUUCGGUUGAGUAUCUUGCAGUUUAAUAGAUCCAGAACAUCUGCAGGACAUGCAGACUACAACAGUUACAUCAUCACAUAUGGAUGGAUAAUCCCGAAAGUGUUGCGAAAGUGUUAUGAUUCUAUCAUAGGAUUUGAAAAUGUACAGAAAAUUUCUUUGGACUUAAAUAUGAAUUGACAGAUGGAAAAAAAGUAGAUGUAGCUUAAUAUUAACACAUUUUAUGUACCAACUGAAUGUAUUUCUGUUAAAGCAUGCUCUGAGUACGAGCAUACUGUAUACGGUAAUUUAAAUGAUAUGUGAUGUGUGAGGAAUUUAAAGCUUGUUUGGUUGAAAAGGUGAACGGAGUAAUCAGAUUACAACAAUUUGUCACUUGACAUGGAGAAAAUCUUCCAUCACUAUUUUCCGAAACCUAGUUAAUGCGGAAGUUCCAUGUAAAUAGUAAAUGUUAGCUGAAAUAGAGACAGGGUAGAGUUGUUGAAUACAGAGUUGAGUAAGGUGUGCAGAUUGUUGUGUUCAUUUUGCGACACUUAUAAAGCACAGACACUAACAGAAAAAUUCAAAUGAAUCUUGAGUCAGAAAUUUGGUGAUGAAUAACAAUAUUAUAAUGUUGUUUGUGUUCUUAAAUGUGAUUAAUUAACGCUGAGUUGGACUGUUAUAUCAAUAUUGAACAUUCGAUAAGAUGAUUCAAGUUCUUUCUCUCCUCCUCUUUUCGUUUUUCACUCUUCAUCCACACAUGGUAUACGUGUGUUUAGCGAUGCAGAAACUGCACUUUAUUUUCCUUCUACAAGCACAAACAUUUUUCAGUUAUUCUUCACUUUCUAGCAUCUAUAAUGGUCUGUACAUACAUUCAUAACAUUAUAUAGUUAUAAUACAUUCAUAAGGUGUUGCACAUAGUGUUUUUAUUAUAGUAAUGCCUGUUAUGCAUUAUGAAUAAGUAGUGUGCAUAACACAUCAUGUGUGUCAAAGAAACUCAGCUUGCAUACUGUAUUGUCUUUCUUUUAUUUCUCUCUUUUUUCCUACUUUAUAUUAUAAAUUGUUACCUUUAUAAUUUCCGUAUUAAUAGUAUUUGUGAGCUCUAAGUAAAGUGAGACAUUUAA